AUGCCGCGAGAAAUUCAAAUAAAUGUGCCAACAUACAAUAAAAUAAAAGCAGCUCCGGCCCCACCGCGUUUACCGAAUAGUAGUGAAACAAGCACCAAGUGCAGUGAAAUAAACCUUGCCGUAACAGAAGCUGACCAAAAGCAUUCAGCUGAUCGACGAAAUGCUUACUUUUCGUUCGUUUCCCCCACAAACAAUGCUGAUCGCGAUAAAUCGUUCUCUCCCUCCACCCAAACACCUUGGCAUGCCCAGUCGCCAAUGUCUCUGGUAGACCAAGUUGUUCUAACGCAACAACAAAGCACUAGCUUAGCAACAAGCACAGUAACAACGGUAAGCGCAGCUCUCACAACAACGACUACAACCACGACUUCAGCAAUGACAGCGGUUUCACAACGCAGUUCACCCACACCUGCACAAACGGAAAUUUCGGCACCAGUACAAGCCAAGCAACGCAGCUCAGCGCAAGUUGACCUACUUAAUCCAACAACCCGCACAUUGACUCAAACGGGUAUUGAUAGGUAUAUACAAGUCAAACGAAAAUUAAGCCCACAGCAGCAUUGCAAACCCAUCAAAAAUUGCAAAAACGAAAACCACUGA